AACACAAAGCUAGUGGUUUGGUUUGCUAUAUCAUUCUUUACUGGUUCUUCCUCCGGUUUGUGAUCUCUGCGCCACUCCGAAUUCUAAGAGUAAGGUAUCUGUCUGCCUCCUCAUUGUUGAGCUGUUCGACUUGUCUUUGUUAUUCGCUUAUUUGCUAUGGCGGACGAGGAGCCUGUUGAUCAGAAGAAGCUGCUUGAAGAGUCUUGCAAGCCAAAAUGUGUGAAACCAUUACUUGAAUAUCAGGCAUGUGUUAAAAGGAUCCAAGGUGAUGAAUCAGGGCACAAGCACUGCACUGGACAAUAUUUUGAUUACUGGUCUUGUGUUGACAAAUGCGUUGCACCGAAGCUAUUUAGCAAACUGAAAUAGCCCGCGAGAUAAUUUUAUUACAAGCAUUUAUGAAUUGCUUUCAAUUAUCAAGUUCAAGUGACUGUUUCUCAAUAGUUGAUUUUGUACCUCUGGACUGCCAAUGCCUGUGUGGCUUUCUUCAAGAAGACAGCAUUUUUUUGUGAACCAUGGAGCAUCUAAGUUCUAUAAUCAAUAAAAUAGAAUUCUCAACUUUAGUUUGACAAA